AUGGCGCCCGGUCCGCCGUCGCUGCCAACCAAAUUUCCAUGCUGGUGUCGAGCAGUAUAUUCAUGGGGAGGGGAAUCGAAAAGAGAUCUGGGGUUUGUGGAGGGGGAUCUUAUAGAAUGCCUGAACGCUGGCGACGGGUCAUGGUGGAUGGGACGCUUGUUCCGCGAUAAGAGGAUGAUGGGCUUGUUCCCCUCGAAUUUCGUGGUUCUGCUCGGAGAGGAUUUUGUUCCUGUGAGUCGAUCCACGACAGACGUUUUGGCGCGAAAUGAUAGUGCAGAUUCUCGCACUGUUAAAAAGCAACGAACGGUCUUCAGGAAACCAUUUCAAGCGCACAAAGAGGCUGUCACUCCGGGAGAAGCGAAUCGUCGAGCCAAGGAAAGACUGUCAGAGACACCCUCCACAGCAACAUCGCGAGAGAAUACACCUCCACGAUCAAAUAUACCACAGAGACCUCCGCGGACCCCUGCAACUGCUUUUCGAGCCCGCGGCACACUGGCAAGAUCGCCGUCGCGAAUUGAGUCUCCAAGCCCUGCGGUUAAAGCUCGCGUGCGAUCACCCUUGCCUCCAAGUCAUGUCGAUUCCUCGUCACAGUCCCCUUCAUAUGCAGUGUCUUCAGAUACAGUGCCUCCAGAUGUCUCCCAGCAACCUCCUGUCCGAGAAGAAUCUCCUCCACCCCCACCUCCGCCUCCUCAUCGCGUAGCAGUGAGAAGUCAGGCUCAUCGUAUAAGUAUACCACCGCCUGCACCGAUAGAAAUGAAUGAUCGAUUCACUAUAUUUGCCAAAACUCCCCCUCCAGAUGACGCACCCCCUUCUCCAGCCGGAUUCUCACCGGGACACUCCCCGGCAGGUCAGUCUUCAAUCGGUCCGGGAAACACGCCGUCACCCUUACGGGAUGCUAUGGAAGACGUGAUGACAUCUUUGCAAGACAUGGGUCUUCCUCGUGGUGCUCCAUCUCCGUCACCAGUUCCGCAGUUUUCCAAUCCUUGGUCACCGGAUGCAUACGACGAGUUUCGCACCUCUAGUCCACGGCCGAUUCACGCGCGAGCUAAUACGUCCUUGGGAUUUGGUACAAAUCAAGAACGAAAUCUCGACGACGGAGAGAAUGUUUAUGGUAACCAGCACUCUCAGGAUCAGCGACAUCAGGAUGGGCCUCCCCAAUUCAACAAUUAUGUGCAGCGGAUGGAAAAUCGAUUGAGACAACUGCACAAUCAAUCUGAUCGAUCUGUUCAGGAUGAUGAGCAUGACAUUGGUCCACCACCUCCGCCCAAGCAACAUGAAUACCAAUUCAGACAUGACUCAAUCCCCGCCUCCCGUCCUCAGCUGCGCGGCCGCAAAUCAGCUACAGAACUCAGCAAACAAUUCUUAAAUCGUACAAUGACCAACAAAUCGAGCACAACCAAUUCUUCCAGCGGCGUGCAAAGCACUUUUACCGCGGAUACAACCAGUACAAAUACAACAGCCAGCUUGAUGAGUGGUACAUCAGCUGGCCAGUUCAGUGCAACAAGUGCUGGAAGCUUUGCAAGACAUGCGAAAUGGGGCAGCUUCUCAGCUGAGCGGCCAACAACGGCAAUAGAUGGCUUGAAUAAAGGUAUUUAUAGUGAUAUUGAUCGGCCAAUAACUCCCAUCAGUGGCAUUUCGUACCAUUCCAGCCACAAUACCUCAAGGCAGGGAGCUCAGUCGGCUGUACCGUGGUCACCUAGCAAAGACAUCAAUGGCUCGCCUGGUGUGUUUGGUGGUCUUGCUACACCUAAAGUUAAAAAGAGCGGGUUUUUGAAACGAUUCCUAGACUCUGCUAAAACUGGGGCCGCAACUGCUAGAAGCAGCAUUCAGGUGCCACAAAGUGGAAGAUCUCCGUCGCCCACAAAACAUCGAUUCACUCAGUCAUUUGGCUCAUCGCGUAAUACGGAAAAUACUGGUUUUCGAGACACGGAGCUGGGAGGUAAUAGCCCCAUUGACUGGGUACAGAUUCGGCGUGAUGUCAAUCGUGCGAGUACACCAAGCCGAAAUGAGCGAGUCGAGCGCGCUGAACGAUGUCAAAUGAUGGAUCACCCUGUCAUUUACUCUGUGGAAGAGCUUCAAGAGACGGCUGAAGGAGACGAAAGCAUUGACGGUCUUCCCCUUAGCGAUCCUACAAAUUGGGGUGCUAUUAAUCUUGGGCUAGUUGACAAAAGCGCUCGUUUCAUCAACAACCUGCCACCCUUGACAAACGCUGCUAGUUUAGCUCAAGGCUAUGUUUGCCGGCCUUAUAAGAGCGAUGUACAGCGCCUGCGGGCCAUUUUUACUUGGGUCAGCGAAAAGAUUGCAUGGGAGGAACCCGUGGACGAAAAUGAGGUAGACUUGAAAAGAGUGAUCAAUAUGAAACGCGGAAGUGCUCAGGAGGUUGCCUUUCUCGUCAAGGAGAUGUGCUCAGCUGUUGGAUUGCAUGCUGAUGUCAUAAAAGGCUAUUUGAAAAGCCCUGGAGAACUUUUGGACUUGGGCGCUUUGUCUCGCCCGAACCACUGGUGGAAUGCUAUAUUGAUUGAUGGCGAAUGGCGGAUCAUGGACUGCUCCCUGGCAGGUCCAACGAACCCUCAGCGUAGUCAAAUAGUCACCACGACUUCUCACCAUGCUGAGAGCUGGUACUUCCUUGCUCGUCCCUUGGAAAUUUGUUAUACGCAUAUACCUUUACAUCCGGAAGAACAACACAUUUGCCCUCCCAUUUCCCCAGAUGUUCUCUUGGCUCUUCCUACCGUCAGCCCAGCGUUUUUCAAGAAUGCAAUGCACAUGCCGGAUUAUGAUACAAGUUUUUGUCACCUGGAAGGUCUCGAUGUUCUGCAGUUGCGCAUCCUCGUCCCUCCUGACGUCGAAUGCGUCGCUGAAGUCGAAGCACCAGCUUUCGCUCGUGAUCUCGAUGGCGACUGGUUUGAAAGUGGAGAUAUUGUGCGCAAACGUGCGAUCGCUCAACCCGACUGGAUUCGUGGUCAGAAACGUUUCACCGUCAAGGCACUCCUGCCUGGUGAUGAAGGACAAGGAGUGCUCAAGAUCUAUGCCGGCAAAAAGGGGUUGAUGCAUUCAAACAGGGAUAUUCCCCAUCCUCUUGCGGUCACACUACCAAUUCUUCAUACUGGAGAAAAUCCUCCGUACGAAUUCCUGCUACGACACCCAACGCCACAUGCGCAGCGACAUGAUAUCUAUGUCAUUCAGCCGCAGUGCGGAAGACUGGCUAUUAACAACACAUUUGUAUUUGCGGUCCGUCAACAUCCUUCAGCGCCUUUUUCGAAGUCGAGCAGCGGCGAGAUUCCUGUUGACGGACGUGCGUCACCAAUAAUGCGCCCUUCGAGUGCCAUGAGCGUGGUGUCUAGUAGUUAUGGAGGAUCUGUAGCUUCUACCACGUCCCUGGAUGCCUUUACCGCAAAUACAUCCAUUGUGUCAUCGAACAAGUCGACAUCAAAUCCGCAUCGAGAGAAGCCGGCUAAGCUGGCGAUACAAUCGCCAUCCGGGAAGAUUCUGCGUCUGAUGCGCAAGGCAGACCACAUGAUUAGCACGAGCAACAAUAACCCCGACUCUCUGACUGAGGGCACACCGGACGGCAGUGUAUGGGAAACAGUUAUAAAGGUUGGAGAGCGAGGCGUUUGGCGCGGUCUUGUUUUGGCUGAUCGCAGCGCGCGUUGGUGCGUGUUCUGCGAGUGGGAGUGCUAUUGA